GGAUUUCUUGUCUUGCAGCUCAUAUCUGUUACAUCACUAUUUAGAUCUCUCGAUACUAUCCCGCAGCUUCACUUGGCCAACUUCAAGUUGACGCCUUCAAGCCAUUGGCAACUCGAGGUCCGAAUUCUCUGUUCAUGUAUAUGUGGAUUAGCGCGGUACUCUACUUAGUCAGAGAAUCUGAUGGAUGUACUGCAGCAUCCUAGUUGGGUAUAUGCGUCUGUCCUCCUACCACCACCAUCGACCUUUACCCAUUCCUUACGUCAUGGUUCACCGCAUGAACAUACAAUGGUACCUACGGCUAGCUGGCAGUGCGACCAUUUCCUUCUCCAAUUGGUUCUUGAACUUGUGAUAGACUCGGAGUGCUCGCCACUGGAUCUCAUCAUUCUUCGAGGCACGUCAAGGAAAUCCAGAGCGAUACGGGAACGAAACGGACCCCAUUGCUGGAAACGCGUAUGGGAGAACCUGCUCAGACUCGGAGAGUACAGCCGUGGGGUACCUGUGAACGAAAAUUUUGUUGUUCUUAUGCGAGGGCCUAAUCCGUUAUUAUUGGAAAUGGACAUCGGGGAUGCAGUGCUCGAGACAGCUCGCAAGUAUUCAAUCAACCCAAGGCUCGUCAUCGUCGCGAGCGAUGUGCACUACUGGACAACGAUCGAAGAGGACGUCAUGUCUGCCCCUGGCAUCCUCGUACAGCUGUCAGACAGGGAGUAUUGCAGUAAAGAGGAGGCGAAAUACCUGCGAAAGAGGCGAGAGCACUUCGCGUUCGCUACAGAAGAGGGGAGCCUGCAACUGGUAUACAAUGCCGUAGACUCUCUGGACGACGAGGAGAAGCUUCGUGGCAAGCGUAUUCGCAUAUCUGAGGUCGUGAAGGAGAGCGACUUUGUCGAGCUGUGCGGAGACCAGUUUAUUCUCUGA